AUGGAUAAUACAUUCGCAAAAGCUGAUGAAGUUCAAUUGAAAGAGACUCUUGAUGAUGUCUCAUGUUCAUCUUCGUCCACAUUAUCAGAAUUCCAUCGAAAUUUAGAUGCAUCCGAAGCAAAAUCGCCUUUUGGUCAAGAUGGAUUUAAUGACCUGUUUAAUGAUUCGGAUGAAAUCAAAGAAAAAAACUCAUCAGAGUAUCAAAACUUAUUGACACCAGAGCAAAAUACAACUGAAACAUCAAUCGAGCUUCGUCUUGCAGAAGUUGAUAGUGAUGAUGGAUUGAGUUUUUUUUUGUCUCUUCUCUGUGGGUUUGACCGUGAGGAUGUCGUUCCUGCUCGAACUUUACGUAACAACGUGGCUAAUCAUAUUCUUGAAUCACGGUAUAUCAAGAUUGAUAAUAUCUUAUGUGAAAUAAACCGUGAAACUCUUGAAACAUAUUCUGAUAAAGUCAAACAAGGUACUAUAUUAGGUGUUCCAACAGUACUUCAUGCUUUGGCAUCUUUAUAUCCAAAGUACUUAUUUUGUACCAUUUCAAAAACUAGUCGUACAGAUGGACGCAUCUCUAUAAAUGUUGCUACAUAUGUCAAAGAUAUUUCAUCGUAUAAAAAAUGUGUUUUUAUAUUCUACGAUGGUAUGAUUGAUCAUUAUAACGCUGUAUUUUUAUAUAACAAAACGAAUGAAGAAGAAGAAAAAAGCAAUUUUAAAUAUGAUAAUAAUACAAUGAAAAUUCUUCUUACAAAAUUUAUUAAAGAAAAGCUUAAAUAUGACAACUAUGUUAAUUCCGAAGAUACUCAGGUAAAUGUUGAAGCUGAUAUAACAGUAAACGGAUUCAUGGAACAUGAUUAUAUAUAUGAUUCAAUUGCUCAUCGUGAUGUUGCUGAUACAGAAAAAUCACUAGGGAAGUACGCAAAUUCGUGGAUGAGUAAUGCUACAAGAACACUUCCAUCAUCAAUAUCGAAUAUAAAUCCAGACAAUCUCAUAUCAAUACAAGCGUCGACAGGUGCACGUGAAAUAAUACAAAAAUUUGUUCGAAAAGAUGCUUUUGGUGGCGGUGAUUGCCUUUUUUCAUCUCUUUGCAACGUAUUGGGUAUUGCCGAUAAAAUUACCAUUAAAGAUUUACGUAAAAAAGCUGCUGAUUUUAAUCGUCAACCGGGUAAAAUUGAUAAAGAUUGGUUAUUGAAUACAACCGGGAAAACUGUUGAACAAUAUUGUGAUGAGAUGGAAAACACCACUGCAUGGGGUGGCGAACCAGAAAUUCGAGCUAUAGCUGAAUUGUAUAAAAUAAUUAUUCGGGUUGUAAAUGUUAAUUCUGAAAAAUUCUGUGUAUCAGCUUCCGAAUUUCCUCCAAAUCAAACAUCAUUCGACCGAUGUUGUUAUAUUAUUCUUAAUAAUAAUCAUUAUGAGUCAUUACAUCUACGUACUGACAAUAAUUCAAAUGACGAACGUUCAAUUUUUGAUUCCAAUGAUGAGGAAAUAAAGAAACUUAUACUCAAUAGUCAAUCAUUAACACAUUCCCGUCAUAUUCCUUCAAGUGAUAUUAUAUACGAAUUAGAUCAGAACAAUAGUUCACCGGACAGCAUUGAACAGUUUCUUCAAACAGAUUUUUCUCGUUAUUUGGGUUGUUUUUCUGAACAACAAAUGGAACUACAACAAAUAGAAGAUUCUUCUACUGCAAAUAUUUCACCAGGAGAUACAACGAUUUCUUAUAAACUACAAAAUCAACAAAAAAUAAGACUUGAAAUUGAACCUGUAAAAAAAUUUAAAUUUCGUUAUGAAAGUGAUAUUGUACCACAGAAAGAAUAUAAUCAUAAUGGUGCAAGAGCCAAACGAGGACGUCCAACUUAUUUUGCUAAUCGGAACGAUGAGAACAAAAAGAACGCAAGGCAUAGUCUCACAUUAUUGGUUCCAACGACGCUUGUAUUCGGUAAAAAUCCUGUUGCUCUCGAUCGUAUUAAAGCUCUAUCUGGCUGUCAUAAAGGUUAA